CCAGCCUCCGCCGCCGCCGAGAUGCCGCCCUCCGUCCUGGAGCUAAUGAACGGCCAGGUGCUCCCCGCCUUCCUGCUCUGCAGCGCGCUGCUGGUCAUCAAAAUGUACGCGGUGGCCGUUAUCACCGGCCAAGUGAGGCUGCGGAAGAAGGCUUUUGCCAACCCCGAGGACGCUCAGAGACACGGAGGCCUCCAGUAUUGCCGGAAUGACCCAGAUGUGGAACGCUGCCUCAGAGCCCACCGGAACGACAUGGAGACCAUCUACCCCUUCCUGUUCCUGGGCUUUGUCUACUCAUUCCUCGGACCGAACCCCUUCAUCGCCCGGAUGCACUUCCUGGUCUUCUUCCUGGGCCGCAUGGUACACACCGUGGCCUACCUGGGGAAACUGCGGGCGCCCACCCGCUCCCUGGCCUACACCCUGGCCCAGCUCCCCUGCGCCUCCAUGGCCCUGCAGAUUGUCUGGGAGGCAGCCCGCCAUCUGUGA